AGGGUGCAAAACCAAGGAGUCACACCUGUACACUUCGAGAGUUUUUAUUUUUCAAGAUCAGAUCGGGUCGGGGCGAGGAGAGGAGAAAAUAAAAGCAAACUGGAGAGACCCUCUGUUCCUCUCCCUACCAACCAUCUUCCUUAGCGACGAGGCCACCCAGAGUUCCACAGGAAAGAAGCGCGACCGGAGAAAGAAGAAGAAGAGCAAGAUGUCGUCGGUGUUCAGCGGCGAUGAGACGGCGCCCUUCUUCGGCUUCCUCGGCGCCGCCGCCGCCCUCGUCUUCUCAUGCAUGGGGGCGGCCUACGGGACGGCCAAGAGCGGCGUCGGGGUGGCGUCCAUGGGAGUCAUGCGGCCGGAGCUCGUCAUGAAGUCCAUCGUGCCCGUCGUCAUGGCGGGAGUGCUCGGAAUCUACGGCCUCAUCAUCGCCGUCAUCAUCAGCACCGGGAUCAACCCCAAGGCCAAGCCCUACUUCCUCUUCGACGGCUACGCUCACCUCUCAUCAGGGCUCGCCUGUGGCCUCGCGGGGCUCGCCGCCGGCAUGGCCAUUGGCAUUGUCGGUGAUGCUGGAGUCAGGGCUAAUGCGCAACAACCAAAGCUGUUCGUGGGCAUGAUCCUUAUCCUCAUUUUCGCAGAAGCACUUGCCCUUUACGGUCUCAUCGUGGGCAUCAUCCUCUCGUCCCGUGCCGGCCAGUCCCGUGCGGAUUAGGCGCCUCGCUCUACCAUUCUGCAAUUGCCACACAGGCUACAUUCUUGAGAAGCUUUCUAAUUUUGAUGUAUUAAGGAGAUAUUUGUAGAUUAUUAAGGAAGGUGACACUUCCAGUACCGUUUUCAUUCUUUUUGGGUUGUGGUGGGCGUUUGCUGUUCGUGCAGAGGAUUUUGGGGUAGGCUGGAUUGCUGCUCCUGGGAAUAUGGGUUUUAAUCCUACUUGGUGGUGAAUAAAAACAUGCAUUGUAGCUAAAUAAUAAAUUUAUGAUUAUAUUAUGUUCA